AUUUGAGCAACAUUUUAGGCUCUCACUAACUUUUUUCUUUCUUCCUCUAGGUGCUUUGCUUUCUGGUUUUUAACUAUGGAAAUAAUGUCAUUUGCUCUAAUUUUGCUUCCCUUAUUCUUUUUAAUACCAGUAAAUUCCAAUCCUUGUCUGUUUGAUAAAAUUGUAAAGUUACCAGGCCAACCUGAAGUGGGGUUCAACCAGUAUUCAGGUUAUGUUACCGUUGAUGAUAAAAACCAGACUGCUCUGUUUUACUACUUUGCUGAAGCUGAAACAGAUCCUGCUUCUAAGCCUCUUGUUCUCUGGCUCAAUGGAGGACCAGGUUGCUCUUCUUUGGGAGUUGGAGCAUUUUCUGAAAAUGGGCCAUUUAGGCCUAAUGGUGAGGCUCUUGUCAAGAAUCAGUAUAGCUGGAACAGAGAAGCUAAUAUAAUGUAUUUAGAGACACCAAUUGGAGUUGGGUUCUCAUAUUCCACUGAUACCUCUUCUUAUGGGACUGUAAAUGACAAGAUUACUGCUAGAGACAAUCUGGUGUUCUUACAACGUUGGUUUGUCAAAUUCCCACAGUACAGAAACAGAAGCUUGUACAUCACUGGAGAAAGUUAUGCUGGUCAUUAUGUACCCCAGCUAGCUGAACUCAUGCUUGAAUUCAACAAGAAGCAGAAAUUGUUCAACUUGAAAGGAGUUGCUGUAGGAAAUCCAGUUUUGGAGUUUGCUACAGAUUUCAAUUCAAGGGCUGAGUUCUUUUGGUCUCAUGGAUUGAUAUCAGAUACAACCUAUAAAAUGUUUACUUCAGUCUGUAACUACUCAAGAUAUGUGAGUGAAUACUACAGAGAUUCAGUAUCUCCUUUAUGCUCAAGGGUGAUGGGCCAAGUGAGUAGAGAAACUAGCAAGUUCGUUGACAAGUAUGAUGUUACACUUGAUGUCUGUAUAUCAUCAGUGUUGUCACAGUCGAAAAUCCUUAAUCCCCAUCAAGUUGCCGAUAAUGUGGAUGUAUGUGUAGAAGAUGAAACUGUUAGUUAUCUCAACAGGCUAGACGUGCAGAUGGCUCUCCAUGCCCGUCUUGUAGGCGUGCAUCAAUGGACCGUUUGCAGCAAUAUCCUUGAUUAUGAGCUGCUUGAUGUGGAAAAACCAACUAUUUCUAUAGUGGGCAAGCUCAUCAAGGCAGGAAUACCAGUCCUGGUUUACAGUGGAGAUCAAGACUCGGUCAUUCCAUUGACGGGAAGCCGAAAACUAGUUCAUGGCCUGGCCGAGGAAUUAAGACUCAAAACUACUGUGCCUUACAGGGUCUGGUUUGAAGGGGAACAGGUUGGUGGGUGGACUCAAGUAUAUGGUAACAUUCUAUCGUUUGCCACCAUUAGAGGAGCUUCGCAUGAAGCUCCAUUUUCCCAGCCUGAAAGAUCAUUGGUUCUGUUCAAGUCAUUUUUGGAAGGAAGGCCUCUACCAGAAGCAUUCUGAUUCUUUCAAGGAUUACAUAUUCAAUUGUAAGUAACUUAACAUGGAUUGCAAUUGCAAGAAGUCAGUUCUCAAUUUCUAGAAAGGAAAUACUGCAUUGGUUUGUUUGUUCCUGGGGUUUUUUUCCAUGAUAUGGAAUGUAGAGAAAAUUCUGUAAAUGUCAAGUGAAGAAAGAAAGUGUUUCUCUUUUUCUUUUU